GAGCCGCGGAGGUUGUUACGGUUAUCCCAUCAUAUAAGUGAGCCCAUGUUGAGUACAUUGAUUUCUGUUUUUAGACGUUAGAUCAGUCUAAGUUUAUCCUGUCAAUAUGGACUCAACUGAGGAGAUCUUUGAGGAACACCUGGAGAAGAUUUUGAAGGGUGAGGGACUGGAGGUGGGAGAGUUUGAUUGGGCCCCUGACCAACUGAAGCCUGUCACACUUAGAAAAAACGUGUGUUACAUCGUCAGCGCGGUUAUCUUUAACUCAAAGGAGGAGGUGCUGAUGAUGCAGGAGGCAAAGAGAGAGUGUUAUGGCUCCUGGUACCUCCCUGCAGGCCGGAUGGAAGAGGGUGAAAGUAUUCUAGAGGCACUACAGAGAGAAGUCAAAGAGGAGACCGGGGUAGAUUGUCAGCCAGUCACAUUGCUGCUGGUUCAAGAGCAAGGGCCACAGUGGGUUCGGUUCAACUUCCUUGCUGAGGUUACAGGGGGUGCUCUAAAGACAGAGGCAGAUGCUGAGUCACUGCAAGCUCAGUGGUGGGAUCGCAAGUCUCCUCUUUCUCUUCGUGGACGUGACAUCCUGCCUCUCAUUGAGGCUGGGAUCAAAUAUCGUCAGAAUCCCUGGUUCCCUACAUUACAGCCUGUCGACUUACCUUGCCAUGUUAUUUGCCAAAGACUUUUUCUUGCUUUUAUCUCCGGCAAUGGUAACCUUGACAACAGUGAUGAGGACCACCUUUGGUUGUUGCUGAGCAACAAUAAGAGGGCUAAUGCUAGUUCAUAUUCCCAUCUUCCUAUUGCAGUAUCAGUUAGAACACACACAAUCACAUGGACAGCACUCAGACUGGUUCAGGAGUGCAUGCCUUCAUCACACAAUCAGCUAAACGUUAACACUUGUGGAAUUCUGGGAGUGCAACACAACGGGCGAGUUCCUGGGAAAACAGAUGGUGUUUGCUUCAACACUCUUGUGUUAUUGGAACAUUCAAAAGGAAGUGCGGGAAUCAGCAGCCCACCACCACUGGAGAGUGACAUUUAUAGAUGGCAUGAAGUGACCAAUAUGAGCCUGAGAGCAAAGAUACUACAGAGAAUUAAAGAAGGGUCAAUCCUGCCUGUUCACAGUUUACGUUGAUGCUUUUUACUUUAGUUUGGGGGCU